AUGGGGUGCAGCAGUUCUGUAGCUGACAGAAGGUCAGAGAAAGUCAUUAGAGCUGCUAUCCUCAUCCAGAAUUGGUACCGCUUUACAAUGGCCCGGCUAGAGAUGAGGCGCCGCUAUUCUCUGAGUAUCUUUCAGUCAAUCGAGUAUGCUGAUGAGCAAGAUCAACUACAGCUAUCCAACUUUUUUACAUUCAUGCUGGAUCACUGUACUCAUCCUGAUUCAGUUUCUCACAUUUUCACCAGUCCUAGUGUUUCUCAGGUGGAUGAGGGCUUAUGUUUAACAGAAUUUGAAAGGAAGAUUGAUGUUCCAGACUCCUAUUAUGGACCACGACUCUCAUUCCCUCUUACUGUUGAAGAUGCCAGUGCUCUUCUUCAUGCUUUCAGGAAUGAACAACUGCUUCAUGCCCGCUAUGUACUGCAGCUACUAUGUGAAACUAGGAAGGUUCUCAAAGAGAUGCCAAAUAUCACCCAUCUUUCAACUUCCUACUCCAGGGAGAUAACUGUCUGUGGAGAUUUGCAUGGAAACCUGGAUGAUCUUUUGCUGAUAUUCUAUAAGAAUGGUCUGCCUUCAGAACAAAACCGUUAUGUCUUUAACGGUGAUUUUGUUGACAGAGGGAAAAAUUCUAUGGAAAUACUUAUAAUCCUGUUUGCAUUUCUUCUUAUCUACCCCAAUGAUUUACACUUGAAUAGAGGAAACCAUGAAGACUACAUCAUGAACCUGAGAUAUGGCUUCACAAAAGAAGUUUCAAAGAAGUACAAGGACCAUGGGAAACAGAUUUUGUGUCUUCUGCGAGACGUCUUUAGCUGGCUUCCCCUCGCCACUAUAAUUGAUAGCAAAGUUCUUAUCUUACAUGGAGGGAUUUCAGACACCACAGAUUUGGAUUUCCUGAAUGCACUUGAGAGAAAUAAGUUGAAAUCUUUGAUGCGGCCACCAAAAUCAGCAAGAGACAGACAGGACCAAGCGAAGGAGAGAAUUCCCACAACCAGAGCCAGUAAACACAUUGCCAACCAGAAUGUUGCAGGGAAAACACAACACAUCUCUUCAUCGGGCUCCACUGAGCCUUCAGACCCCGCACUGAAGGAAUGGAAACAAAUCCUUGACAUUCUCUGGAGUGAUCCAAGAAGCCAAAAAGGCUGUACACCAAACAAGCGUCGAGGAGGAGGUUGUUGCUUUGGCCCUGAUGUCACUGCCAAGCUGUUUGAAAGGUAUAAUCUGAAGAUGCUCAUCAGGUCUCAUGAAUUUAAGCCGGAAGGUUACGAGAUCAGUCACGAUGGGAAGGUUAUCACUAUAUUUUCUGCCUCUAACUAUUACGAAGAGGGGAGCAACCGGGGAGCGUACAUCAAACUGAAUCCUGAACUGAUUCCUCGGUUUGUACAGUAUCAAGUCAGCAAGUACACACGCAGGCAGAAUCUUCGGGAGAGGGUGGGUACAAUUGAAUCAUCUGCCUUAAAGUCCUUACGAGAGAAGAUUUAUGCUCACAGGUCUGAACUCACUAGUGCUUUUGCACAGUAUGACCUCAACGGCACAGGCAAGAUUGCUGUCAAUGACUGGGCUGCAGCGAUGGAGUCUGUCCUACAGCUGGAACUGCCCUGGAGGAUGCUGCGGUCUCAGUUAGCACAGAUGAACCCAGAUGGAGAAAUUGACUUCAUGUCAUGUUUUUACGAUUUGAAAAUAGGUCAACCUAUAAAAGAGGUUCAGCCAACUUUGGUGGAAACACUGUGCAGAUACAGAAAGGAUCUGGAGAUCAUCUUUAACAUCAUUGACAAAGAUCACUCAG